AAAAAAUGCAGGAAAGUCUGUACUUAAUGCUGGUCUUUAUGACAGUAACGUAUUUUACUAAAUAGUCUUUCUUGGAUUAUUUUCCUCUGUGCUAACAUACAAAAAAUUGUUUGAAAAUUGAUUAAAAAAAUAAUGGAUCACUGGAACAAAGCGUAUUAAUUAUUUUUUAAAUAAUGAGUGUGUGUUUGUUUUUGUUUUCUUGUAGCAUGAGGAUAACUCUGUUAAGAUGUUUGAAUAUCUGAUAGAAAAGAACGGCUUGACUGAAGACAUAGAAAAGCUGGGAGAAAAAGCUCUGAUUUUCAUCAAAGAGCUCAUUCUUGGAGAGCCUCUGCAGAAAACAUCCAAGGAUUCUGCUGCUUGGCAAUAUGACGGUCGCAAAGAAGACAAGUCUUUUCUCUAUGAAAUUGUGUCAAACAAGGAAAAUGGCAUUGAUGUGGACAAGUUUGACUACUUUGCCAGGGACUGCCAUCACCUCGGGAUCAAAAACAACUUUGACCAUCUGCGCUACUUCAUGUUUACCAGAGUGAUUGAGGUGGAAACAAAUCCAAAAGAGAGUAGAAAAGAACAGUCCAAAAGAAAACACAUCUGCUCAAGAGAUAAGGAGGCGGAGAAUCUCUAUAAUAUGUUCAAUUUAAGGAACUUUCUCCAUAGACGAGUCUAUCAGCAUAAAGUAAAGACAAAUGUAGAGAUCAUGAUCAAAGAUGCUCUCUUAAAGGCAAACAACCUCAUUAAGAUUGAGGGCAAAGGACAAAAAAUGGUAACUCUUUCAGCUGCAAAAGAUGAUACGGAGGCUUACACCGAACUGACAGAUCAAGUACUUGAAAGAAUACUGGUGUCCACAUCCACUGACAAGAAAAUGGAAGCGGCAAGAAAGAUUCUACAUAGAAUCACGACUCGAGAUUUUUACAAUUUGAUUGGUGAAGCCAAGCCCAGACUUGAGGUGGCGCAAAACGAAGACAGAAAAAUAUCGAAGAGAAACAUUGAAAGUCUGACAAAAGAACUGGAAGGAAAAUUAACAGCGGAACCUGAAGGCAUGAGGGAGGAAACCAAGGAAAAGGAGGUGAGACCAGAAGCGAAUGACUACUUUGAAGUGAUGCCAGUCACUUAUAGUUAUGGCAAAGGGGACAAAAAUCCGAUGGAAAAUGCUUACUUCUACAAGAAGAAUGAACCAGAUCAAGCAUUUAUCAUUCCCAAACUUCAGGUGUCCAAAUUCCUCCCUGAAUGUUUUUUGGAACAAACCAUCAGGCUUUACUGGAAGAAUGAAGACAAAACACAUCUGAAGGAUGUUACCGAAGCGUUCAAGGCCUGGUGCGAGCGCAAUGAAUUUGAGGUGGAAGUUUUCGUUGAAAAUUCUCAGUCUUCUCGGGAUGAAGCACCUCCAUCUGCAUCAGAAAAUGACACCAAUCCCCCCCAAGUCUCCUCAGGAUGAAGCCGAUACAUCUACAUAGGGUACAAGGCACUCAAAGUCAAGAAGUUUUGAAGUGAAGGCAAAGAAAUAAAGAUGCACUAGAAAUCAUUUACUUGACCUUAAGCAUGCUUAAAGAUUUGUUUAAGUUAUGUUCUGAAAUGUCAUUUUAAAUUGUUCAUUAAGAAAUUGCUCACAAAAAAGAUGCUUAAAAAUCACAUUUUCAAAGGAUAUAUUACACAAAUGUUUAAAAAAGCCUUAUUUAUAUAUAAACUUGCUGAAGUAUCUCGAAUGUGCCACUUGUGCCCUGAUGUACUGCUUCUCACAUUUUAUUAAAUUAAAUUGCCUCCAUAGGUUUGUUAAGGGAAGUAAUCAUUUGCAAUGAUUCUAAUCAUAUAAAGCAGUAAACUUUUUAAGUUACUUGU